UUAUUAGGGCCACUUUUGUACUCUGAACACCAGGCUUGCUCUUGGAGUCCCCAUAGAAACCUGAGACAUGGCUCCGGCAUUCUAAACCCUGGCCUGGGCGGCAGCCCACAGCCAUGUGGCUGGGGGAGAGAGCCCAAACGUGGCAUCCCCAAGCUCAGUGACUAGAAUUUAACACCAUCUCCAGCAAGGUGUAACUGCAGAAUCUCCAGGAUGGCCAUACAGUUCCGUGCAAUCUUCCCCUUAGCCUUGCCUGGAGUGUUGGCACUCAUCGGCUGGUGGUGGUUUUACUCUCGGAAAAAAGAGCAUGUCAGCAGUCAUGACCGGCAGACAGGGGCCACAGCCAAAGAUCUAAGGACAGAUACCCCAAUUGAGGAAUCCCUCUUGAGGGAAAAAGUCUGCUACACCAGGGUAAUGCCUUUGCCAUCAGAUGGUUCACGGCAUCCAGAAAAAGAGAUGGUAACUAUGGAUAAAUCUCCAAUGGAACUUGUAAGGAAAACAUCACAGCCACAUCUGCUUCCAAGAAAAUUAGAUUCUUCUGGAACCACUGAUACAAAGCUUCGAUUGAACUCACGCAAGGAAGAUGGUGGAAAAUUGGAAAAAGCAGUGUCUCAAGAGGAAACAAGGUCUCUUCCUAAAGAAUCAUCACUUCCACCCCUGAAGGAUGCUUUGUUUCCCCAUGAAGCAUUAGAACUACAGAAACUAGAAUCUCCAUUUGGUCGAAUACCUGGAAAAGGCUGGCCAGGCCAUUUGGAGGUCCCUUCUGAGCAACAUGGCUCCUUGGAGAAGGCAAAGGAGGCAAGUGGAAUAGAAGGAACAGGUGAUGCAGCCAUGGGAGAGAGUGUGUCUGAAGAAGGUGGCUUGUCUUAUGAUCUUGGUGCUGAAACCAAGAUUAGAGUUCCCAAGCAGGAUACCAUGAUGGAAGAAGAAAAAGGGAAGGAGAAUAGAUCUCGGGGAGUGAGGGCAGUGCAGAAGGAAGAGUGCCUGGGGAAAGUAUUGAAUAGCUUCAUAGAGUCAGCUCAAGCAGAAUUGUCACAAGAAGAACAGGCAGUGGCUCAUCAAGUCAGAAGCAACAGGUCUGGAGAAAAUUACAUUGAUGGAGGCCACUUCACAGGAGAACUGAAGAAAGGAAGUUCUCUAGAAAUGAGAGAAGAUUUUGAGCAGGCAGCCAUGAAAAUUAUUUCCAAAGUGAUCUUAGCAGCAAAGGAAGAAUUACUAGGGAAAACAAUGGGUGACCUUAAGCAACACAACUGUCAACCCUCAGUGAGUUGGGUUGAAGGCCCAGUGGAGGAGCAGAGCUUUGUUCUAGACAUGCAGAAACCUGUGUUGGGACAGAAUGCUUCAGAUCCCAACAGGGCUGUGGUUGAAACACCAAUGGCAUCAGGAAAGACAGUGGAGCUGGAAGUAGUCGGCCCCCCACCUGGCCCUGAGGUAGACGAUCUCGGUCACAAGCAGAAGACCUAUGUGAGUUGUCUGAAGAACAGCCUCCUGUCCAGUGUGGCCCUUGAUGACAAGCCAAAGAAUUCUGCCCAGCGUAUCUCCCUGGCAGCGGGUUCCCCCCAAGCCGUCCAGUACAGUGAGUCAUUUGAGGAGGCCAACAUCAGGGUAGAGGAUACCAGCUGUGUCUCCUGCAUGUCAGAGGACAGCCAGAGGGCUCAGUCAGUAUCCUCUAAUUGUUCAGAUUCUGCAGGCACUUCUGGGCUAGAAGAUUCUUCCUCGGAGCUCAAUUUAAGCCUCAGCAACAAGCCACUUACCUCUCCACUGCUGGAAAGGACUGUGUCCUAUAGCAAUGGAGUGUUGAAAGGGGAGUCCUCUGACUUGGGGACAGAGGAUAGAUGGACCACAGAGACAGAAGCUGACCAGUCUGGAGGUUCAGAUGUAAACAGCAUGGAUUCUGUGGACAGUGGAUGUGGCCUUAGGAAGACGGAAAGUCACCCGAGCCCCCAGCCAGGCACUGAGACCAACAAGGUUGAACUCACAAUCUGGGAGAUAGAAGUGCCAAAGCACUUGGUUGGCCGGCUAAUUGGCAAACAGGGACGAUAUGUGAGUUUCCUGAAACAAACGUCUGGUGCCAAGAUCUAUAUUUCAACACUACCUUACACUCAGAACUUCCAGAUCUGCCAUAUAGAAGGGUCUCAGCAUCAUGUAGACAAAGCACUUAGUUUAAUUGGUAAGAAGUUCAAGGAGUUGAACCUGACCAAUAUUUAUGCUCCCCCGCUUCCUUCGCUGACUCUGCCUUCUCUUCCAAUGACCUCCUGGCUCAUGCUUCCUGAUGGUGUCACCGUGGAAGUGAUUGUGGUUAACCAGGUGAAUGCUGGACACAUGUUUGUGCAGCAGCAUACGCAUCCCACUUUCCAUGCACUCCGCAGUUUGGACCAGCAGAUGUACCUCUGUUAUUCUCAGCCAGGGAUUCCAACCUUACCUACACCAGUAGAAGUAGCCGUAAUCUGUGCUGCCCCUGGGGUGGAUGGGGCCUGGUGGCGUGCCCAAGUUGUUGCCUACUACAAAGAAAGUGAUGAAGUUGAGAUUCGUUAUGUGGACUACGGUGGAUACAAGAGAGUGAAAACUGAAAUUCUUCGACAAAUCAGGUCUGAUUUUGUCACAUUGCCAUUCCAAGGAGCAGAAGUCUUACUGGAUAAUGUGGCACCUCUGUCAGAUGAAGAUCAUUUUUCACCAGAAGCUGAUGCAGCUGUAAAUGAAAUGACCAGAGGUACACCACUGCUUGCUCAGGUUACUAAUUACAAUUCCACUGGUCUGCCUCUCAUACAGCUAUGGAGUAUGAUUGGGGAUGAGGCGGUGUCCAUAAACCGAACACUGGUGGAAAGAGGACUUGCUCAAUGGAUAGACAGCUACUACACAAGCCUUUGAUAACCCCCCCCCAGGCAACCACCUCCUGAAUCCUUUUUUGCACUGUAUUAGAAUUGGGCUUGGCACUCAUGGGAAAGACUUGUUUCACAUCAGAAUACAAAAUGUUGUCCUACCCCAGUAAUAGUCAUUUUUUGGGCCAUAUUAUGAUCACUUUAAGAAAACAUAACCUCAUUUCUAUGAAAAGCAGGAAUAUUUUUUAAAACCACAAGGCCAUAUCAUUACAACUCCUUAAUGUGGUUUCAAAUUUUUUAAAAAAUUAAACAUCCCACAAACUAAGGAAGGUUCUGAAUAAAAUCAAGAUACUUUCUUCUUCCUUCCUUCCCUUCCCGUCCCUUCCCCCCAAAAGUGGUGACUAUUCCUGUUUGUUAAGUACAAUAACAUUUUAAGCAGAGCUGUGGUGCCUGCUUAAGAAAGAGUUUAUUUUACUUUUAAAAUCUGUUGUUCCUAAGCUCCCUAAGUCUCUGUGUCUAGUGUUAAUGUGUACAGCCUGCUUCUUUAAAAGGUAGACUUUUUUGGUAUUCCACCUUUUGUACACACCCUCCUCAAGAAUUUCAUCUAUUGAUCAAUAAGAAACCAAAUUUUGCAGAAGUUAGGUACAGGACAAUAGCCACAGUUUUGGCCUCUGGAGAUUCUUCCCCUGUCCCCCAGUGGGGCCAGGAAGGUGGGCAAAGGAGAGGACCUGUCAAACUGCCAAGCCUAAGUGUAAUUUGUAACCAUUUUCUAUUUGUGCAAAGUCUGUAAAUAUAUAAAGAAAAAAAAUCACUGUAAUAUUUUGUACAAGAAACACUGGAGAAGAAAGGGAACUCAAGCUUUUUUUCCACCUCCCAAUAUCCUCGAUUAGGUAGACAGUUCACUGUGCAUAGUCCUUCCAGCUGUCAUUCCCAAAGCGUCUUGGCGAGACACAUUUUCCGCCCUACUAUGCACAGGACAGCAUGAUCAGGAUUGCUAUAUGAAUUGAGGAAUUCUUUGUUAUUCUGCUGUACAGAUCUGUAAAAAGUAAUCAAAUGGAAUUAAUAUUGCAGUGGUGUGUCUUUUUGAUUAAUUCUUUGCUCUUUUUAGACUGGCAAAAGAAUUGUGCAAUUUAAAAUUGUUAAAGUAAUUUAAGCUAACAUAAAACUUAUAUAAAAAAAUGAAUUGUAUAAACUUGA